GCAACCACAUCAACACAACUCAUUUCAUUUCAGGUAAAAUCCAAAACAUAUCUUAGAAUGGAAACUAGUGGGGUCAUCUCAAGUGACCAAGAGACAGUUGUCAUUCACAUAAAUCCACAGCGGACAAGAGACGGUGUUGUUUUUGUUGGUGGACAGCAGGCCAGUGGUGUAGAUCUUAAUACAGCCCUUCAAGGAUUUUUCAAAGCACAACAAAAGACACUGGGGACUGUACAGAUAAUGAUUGGAGUGAUGGACUUCUUACUUGGCAUUGUAAUGAUCGCAAAUAUCCGCACAAUUAGUACUAUUUCUGGCAUCACCAUCUGGGGAUCUUUCAUUUACAUCAGUGCUGGCUCUCUGUCUGUUGCGGCAAAGAAUAAACCUAAUCUGUGUGUGUUAAAAGCCUCUCUUGGAAUGAAUGUGAUCAGUGCCAUAACUGCAGGGAUAUCCAUUAUUCUUAUAAGUGCGGACAUAGGAAUCAUCACUACAUGGAGUCUUACAAAUGGCUACUAUGACUAUGUUGAGAGGUUUGUUCAAGGGAUCCUUGGAAUACUGCUGGUGUUCUCCGUCCUUCAGUCGAUCAUCUCCAUCUCCUGUGUUAUUAACUAUAUGUUGACAUUAUUGUUUAAAGCAAAACAUGAUUGCACUGAUAUGCACUGAAAGAUGAGUCUUUCAAUUAAAGGCGAAAAA